UUUAUCCACUAACCUACCGAUGGACACUUGGGCUGCUUCCAAAUCUUGACUAUUGUAAAUAAGGCUGCAAAAAAUUAUUCUUGACAUGAAGACCAAUUAGAAACAUUUUUAAAAGUGUCCAACGAAUUUCCCCUGAAAGCCAACAGUAACCCUUAUUUCUUGCUAACGCUACACUUUGAGUAAAAUGUUAUUUUUAAAGUCAUUGUAUACAUGUGUAUGUAAUAUUCUUGAAGAAAGACAGACUGUACUCCUGAUGGUGUGGGUUUUCUUUGAAGACAAAUGUAGAUUUAGAAAUAUUUAAAUUGUUUUAUCUCCUGCGUGUUUUAUUUGCUGUAAUUCAGAGGAAGGACCCCCAUGUGCAUUCAGAAACAUUGAUGUCUGUUUUUUUGUUUUUUUUUUUCCACCUCUCCUUUCUUCCUCCUCACCUUAUGGCUUCAUUUCACUGCUGUUUUUGCAUUCCCACUGUCUCUCUGGUGUUUUGGGCUGGAAAUGUUAGCAAAAGAGGCCCCCUACAACCCGUAGCUGGGGAUCUAUUAGUAAAUAUAUAUUUUCUCUUUAUUUUUUUUCGUCACCAUUUAUCCCACCUAUAUCUUCUUCCGCCACCCUAUCCCCAUCCCAGGCUGUCUGCCAGCUCUCUCUCUAUGGCUUUCUAUUUUGCUUGUUAGUUCAGUUCAUUCAUUAAAUUUCACAUAUUGCUGUCUAUUUUAACAACAUCAAAAACUGGGAAUAAUAUUUUGAUGGUUUGAUAAUUAAAAAUUUUAACAUUAAAUUUUUGUGUUAGCUAUUUGUGCAUGUAGUGUAUUUCAAAAUAUACAGAACUAUUUCAAAAGGGAGCUUAAUGUUGCCUUUUACUAACUAUUAAUACAAAAUAGUCUUUUAUGGUAUUGUCCAAAAAGGAAACAAUUGUAACAAAGCCAAAAGAAUUGAAGAAUUUAAAAAAACUUGGGAGUUGUCAAAACUAGAAAAAGAGUAGGAGUUGGCACACCAGAAACAGGAGUCUCUAGCUCUAGGAGUACAAACGUUGUGAGUUUUUCCUGAUGGGGGACUGAAAGUAAUCCUCUACUUUACAUUGAAAUCCCCUCCUCCCUUUUUAAUAGUGAAAAAAGCUACCACAUAGAUAUACAUUAUUUUAAAGAUUGUAAAUGAAAUCUUUUGUCUUUUAAAAUUUUAGGGAUUGAGUGUUGCUAUCCUGGGACCCACCUUUCAAGAUUUGGCAACAAAUGUAAACCGUAAUAUCAGCAGUCUUUCUCUAAUUUUUGUGGGCCGUGCCUUUGGAUACUUGAGUGGCUCUGUGGUUGGUGGAAUUCUUGUUGACAAUAUGAAUCCUUUUUUACUUUUGGGCGUGUCAAUGUUGGCUACCACGGUUGGUCUUUAUCUUGUUCCAUUUUGUAAGCGAGCAGUAUUACUAAUUGUCAUGAUGUCCAUCUUUGGUGUUUCAGUUGGCAUUCUGGAUACAGGUGGUAACGUCUUAAUCUUGGCUAUUUGGGGGGACAAAGGAGCCCCACAUAUGCAGGCCUUACACUUCAGUUUUGCCUUGGGUGCCUUUUUGGCUCCGGUGCUGGCGAAACUGGCGUUGGGCACGACGGCGUCUGCCGAAAACCGCACAGAGGCUGACUUGGACCGUCCCGCCCUCCACCUGUCCCCUGACGCUGACUCAGAGCCGCUGCUUGGCGUCCCUGGCAAUAUGAAUUUACUGUGGGCUUAUGCUGUUAUUGGUACUUACAUAUUUGUAGUUGCUGUCUUUCUUUUUGCUCUGUACUUCAAGAAAAGCUCACAGCAGGAAAAAGCAAAAGCAUCUGCCCAGAGGUCUCGAAGGGCGAAGCAUCACAAGGCUCUUCUUUGUCUCCUGUUCCUGUUUUUCUUCUUUUAUGUUGGAGCUGAGGUGACGUACGGCUCUUACGUUUUCUCCUUUGCUGUCACCCAUGCUGGCAUGACAGAGAGUGAAGCGGCUGGGCUGAACUCCGUCUUCUGGGGGACCUUCGCAGCCUUGAGGGGCCUGGCCAUCUUUUUUGCUACAUGUUUACAACCUGGAACCAUGAUUGUGUUGAGCAACAUUGGCAGCCUGGUAUCAUCAUUGUUUCUGGUGCUUUUUGACAAGAGCCCAGCUUGCCUGUGGAUCGCAACUGCUGUGUAUGGGGCCUCAAUGGCAACCACAUUUCCCAGUGGUGUUUCUUGGAUUGAGCAGUACACGGCCAUCCACGGGAAAGCGGCGGCAUUUUUUGUAAUCGGUGCCGCCCUGGGAGAAAUGGCUAUUCCUGCAGUAAUUGGAAUUCUUCAAGGAAAAUAUCCUGAUUUACCUGUGGUUUUGUACACCUCUUUGGGGGCAGCAGUAGCCACUGCCACUUUAUUUCCCGUGAUGUAUAAAUUAGCCACGUCACCUCUCAGUCAUCAGCGAAAAGAACACAGAAAAAGUGAGGACCAGAAAGCUUUGCUCUCUAGCUCUGGGCUAAAUGACUAUGAGGAAGAGAAUGAAGGAGAAGAUGCAGAAAAAUGGAAUGAAAUGGAUUUUGAAGUGAUCGAAAUGAAUGAUACGCUGAGGAAUUCCGUAAUAGAGACAUCGAGGAAUAUUUUGGUGGCGCCCACAGCAGAAGUCUCCAACCAGUUCCACUCAAAUGCAUUAAUGUGCGAGUUCUCUCCAGUUAGUACUGGCCAGUUCCCUGUGGACCACCUUGCAGAAAACCAGGACAGAGGGACUAACGCCUAGAGAGGGUGGAUUGUUUGCUGACUUUCUUGAAUAAUUGCCAGUUCUCAAGAGGCCAGUGAGAGCAGAGCCUUAGAUUUUCAACAUGCUUUGGGAAUCAAAAUGUCACAGUCAAGUAUAGCAAAUGCUAUAACGUUUUGCUAUACUCUGUAAUUCCCAGAGUCUUCCAUAAAGAACCAGCAGUCUCAGCAGGAUCUUGUGAGGCUAGUGUUUGGCAUGUGGCUGAUUAGGUGAUACAGUAGGCUCUUCACCUCUCAGAUCAUGCAAAGCAGACAUUUGCUUUUGAGAAGUUGGGUGAUGUUUUAAUAGAAUGAAACCAUCUAGUUGAAUUGAUUAGUUGAAUAAAUUAUCAGUCAUCAGUAUUCUACCAGGGAAGUUGAAGAGAGUUGUUUCAUAAAACAGCCCCUUUGAAAAUGGACAGAGAUUGUCAUUAAUUGUUUUGCACUCUCUCUAGUGUUGGACCAAAGAAUGCUACGGCCUCAGUCGAUUUCUGGUUUCUAUGAAGGGAACGCAGAACAGGGUCCUAGAGACCUGGCUCCAAGCCUUGACAGGUGCUUGCUGUCUUAUGGCCCUGGACUCUGUCACUUAACUUACCUAGGCCUCGUUUAUCUCAUCUCUUGAUCUCUGAUUCUGUAAGUGAAAAUGUGAUGAUUUUCAAGCUAGGAAUCCAUAAGUUUUAGUUUGUGUAAGAUGUCUGCUAGAAAUUAAUAUAAGUGCCCCCCAUUCUUCAUUUCAAAUGAGAAGUGAAACAAAAUUGAUAGCUUCCAGGACGUGCUGGUUGUGAGUACAUGUCAAUUUAAGAGACUCAAUGUUUAAUACUUUAUUUGAAUAAUUAUCUGAAUAUAUUUUAAAAUGUAUUUCAUUGAUUCUAAGAUACACCUUUUUUUCACAUUUUUAAUAUCUCUGAAAUCAGAAUAUGUCUU